GUUUAGUUAUUCGCCAAAACCAAAAACCAAUUCAUUGAGCAGCCUGCAACCACCAAAUAUGUUUAUGUUUUCCCCUCCUAUCCAUCACUCCUUCCUCUCUCUUUGCUUGAUCUUUUCCAUCUUCUCCUUCAUUGCUCAAGCUUCUGUUCCUCCCUCUGCAACUUUCAAAUACAUCAAUGAAGGAGAAUUUGGCGAGUACAUUGUAGAGUAUGAUGCGAAUUACCGUGUCCUGGACCCCUUUGCACAGCCAUUCCAACUUUGCUUUUACAAUACUACUCCUAAUGCCUUUACUCUUGCUCUCCGUAUGGGUACUGUGAGGUCUACAUCACGCAUGCGCUGGGUUUGGGAAGCCAACCGUGGCAACCCAGUUCGCGAAAAUGCCACCCUCACUUUUGGAACUGAUGGAAAUCUUGUCUUGGCCGAUGCCGAUGGCCGGAUUGCUUGGCAAACCAACACCGCCAAUAAAGGUGUAGUUGGUUUCAAGUUACUCUCAAAUGGCAACAUGGUCCUUCAUGAUUCAAAGGGCAAGUUCAUUUGGCAAAGUUUUGAUUAUCCAACUGAUACCCUUCUAGUAGGUCAGUCUCUUAAGCUUGGGGCUGCAACCAAGCUUGUGAGCCGAGCUAGUGCAAAGCAAAACGUGAAUGGUCCAUAUAGUUUGGUGAUGGAGGAGAACACUCUUGCUAUGUAUUAUAAGAGCCCGAAUACCCCAAAACCAUUGCUUUACUUUUCAUUUUCCGAUUUGUUUUCUGUAGCGAAUGGUCGUUUGGACCAUAUAACAUUUGAGUCAGGCUUAACGCUAGCAUUUGAAGGGGGCAGUCUUACUUUGAGAAGGCCGAAAUAUAACACCACAUUAUCCUACCUUCGAUUGGAGAUAGAUGGGAACUUCAGAAUCCACACCUACGAAGAUAAUGCAGAUAUUAGUGCUUGGGAAGUGACCUACACUCUUUUCUCAAGAGACUCAUGGGAAACCGAAUGCCAAUUGCCUGAAAGGUGUGGAAACUUUGGUCUCUGCGAGAGCGAUCAAUGUGUAGCUUGUCCAUCGCCAAAAGGAUUGUUGGGUUGGAGUAACAAUUGCCAACCAGCAAAAGUAUCUUCAUGCGGGGUGAAAGAUUUUGUCUACUAUAAACUCGAAGGUGCUGACCAUUUCAGUUCCAAGUACACUGUCGGAGAAGGACCCAUGAAGCAGGGUGCUUGUAGCGACAAAUGUACCAAGGAUUGCAAGUGUUUGGGAUAUUUCUACCACACGCAGUCAUCCAGGUGUUGGGUUGCCUAUGAUCUCAUGACACUCACAAAAGUUGCCAACUCCACUCAUUUGGCCUAUAUAAAAUUACCAAAAUAAGAAAUUAGAUAACUAGAGUUUGGGUUUUUUUUUUCUUAUUAAACUCUUCAUAUAUCAGCAAUAAUAAAGAGAGUGUAUGUAUUACAGAAAGAGGGGUAAUUUAGUAAUUACUCUCUGCUUCUUUCUGGUUUCACCAAGUAUGUUAUUCUUAAGCAAUAAAUUAGACUUCGUUUUCAA